CUCUAAACAGCGACAUUCUGUCCCUCACUAUUAUUGCCUUUUCAUUGCUAGGAAUCGCAUGUUGACUAGAUGUGGCGAUCGAUCUUAUAUCACUAGCAUUGAAAGACUAAUUAUUUAGCUCUGCUUUGUUAACCCAUCCCUAACUCAUUCUUAACCAAUCCCUCCCUAUCUCUCUACUCAUCUGCGUCUCCAAAAAUACACUUACGAAUUCGCCUUAACACGAGUCCAAUGUCCGAGAACAUAGUUCCCCCAAAAGGAAAAUGGCCGGUUGAUCCCCAGGACGAUUUACACAUCUCAGAAGACCGUAUAUGGGUGGAUGGUUGUUUUGACUUCAGUCACCAUGGACAUGCGGGUGCCAUGCUACAGGCCCGUAGGCUAGGCAGAGAACUUUAUGUUGGUGUACACUCCGAUGAGGCCAUCCUAGAGAAUAAAGGCCCAACAGUGAUGAAAAUGGAGGAGAGAGUAGCUGCAGUGGAAGCAUGCCGAUGGGUAACUCGCUGCGUGCCCUCGGCUCCCUACGUGACUUUCCUGCCCUGGGUGUCACAUUAUGGAUGCAAGUAUGUCGUGCAUGGCGAUGACAUAACCUCUGACAGCAAUGGCGAUGACUGUUAUCGUUACGUGAAGGCUGCAGGCCGUUUCCGAGUGGUCAAGCGAACGCCGGGAAUAUCCACAACUGAUCUUGUAGGACGCAUGCUUCUCUGUACUAAAGGGCAUUUCGUCAGAAGUGUGAAGGAGACGAUUACUGGGAAAGAAGGCUCCGGUAGCGAGGAGGAACGCGCACAAUCUGGUGAGAAUCUGCUGCAGAGAAUUCGCGACUACGCAACCGAUGAGAGCGGUCUACAGCCAGGACCCUGUGUCUGGAUCUGGAAUGGUUCCACCUCAGCGAAGCUUGGAAAUACGAGUGAAGAGUCGGGAUCAUUUGAGCAGAUCGUCACAGGAAAGCUACCCAAGCCAGGACAACGUAUUGUGUAUGUUGACGGAGGCUUUGAUCUGUUUUCUUCCGGUCAUAUUGAAUUUUUGCGGCAGGUCAUUGAGUUAGAAAGACUUGAGGGCCACCGUCAGCAUUGGUAUGAUCCUGAGAUAAGGGAAAAGAGAAUUCAGGAAUAUGGUGAAGAUUACGAGCCGGCAUUUGUUGUUGCCGGCAUUCAUGAUGAUGACGUCAUAAACCAUUGGAAAGGGCUCAACUAUCCCAUCAUGAACAUCUUCGAGCGUGGGCUAUGUGUCCUUCAGUGUCGAUACGUCCAUGCCGUCGUCUUCUCUGCUCCCUUUUCCCCAAGCCAGUCGUAUUUGGAAGCAAUGCCUCUAGGUGCGCCAGAUGCAGUUUAUCAUGGCCCCACCACGUUCAUACCCCUCACCUACGAUCCUUAUGUCGCUCCGAAGAAGAUGGGUAUAUUCAAGGAAUCUCCGAGUCAUCCCUACCAGCAUGUCAAUGCUGGGGAAAUUGUCGACAGGAUUUUGAAGAGCAAAGAGGCGUACGAGGCGAGACAACGUGCCAAAGUUGAGAAAGGAAUUGUUGAGGAUUUAGCGAAAUCGAGGGAGGCAAGUAGGAUGUGAGCCGCGGGUGGCAUCCACCAAGGCUCAUCCCGGAUGGUGGAUCAAUGUCGAUAGUCGGACGAUGAGCAAUUAGAGAUGAGAAGAAUAUUGGACGUAGCUUUGAAGUCCCAACUUAGAGAUUGCUGGUUUGUUGUGAUGUUAUGCACAUAUCUGGAAACACAGGGGGAAUGUAUCAAAGGUACCUCCCCACGCUGCUGAACAGCCCUUCAGGGUUUCAACUUCUUGAAGAGAUUGUG